AUGACAUCUUCCAUCCAACAUGGCGUGUCUCCUCUGGCCUCCACUUCCCUUCUCGGUCUGCGAAGGACGUCAGAUCUGAUGGAGCAACAUGCAGUUGUCUCCGGCACUGGGGCCAAAAGCUUCAGUCACCCAUACCAGCAGACGACGAAGACAUCCAGUGGAGGGGAUGCCACACUCGCUGACGUAGUUCGCUCGCUUGCACGCCGAGACAGCGACGACAUUGGGGCUUCCAGAGUAUCCGAUAUUGACUAUACUAGUCUGCUUGAGUGGAUUCGGUGCGAGAGAAUGAAAAAGCUGCCACCUGAGGGAAGUAGCUACGACAAGGCUCUUGUAUGGGCAGCCUUGUUCGUCGAGCGCGUGCACUCGUUCGAUUUGGGGAUCGAGCAGUUUGCAGGUGACAGUCAUCUCGCUGCUCAGCUCUCGUACUGCUACUGCGCAAGCCUGCUCGAGUUGGGAGAGGAAAACGCCCCGGCACUUAUGGACCUCUUUGGAUUCUUCUAUCGCUGCUCAGCUGGACUCGGCAAUUUAUUGGAUCGUGCUGAGCUCUUUGUGGUCUCGCCUGAUAUCAAGGAUCAACUCAUCCUGGCGCUAGCUGAUCUGGUCACCCUCGUUGUCUGCGUGGCUACGCACUUCCACAAAUCGCUGCUCGCCUCGCAGUCAGUCUCAAUCGACAUCUACAGUACUUUUCCUGGUCCAAUUGAUAGUUUUCGCGGCCGUUGCGAGUAUGUUUCAGAGCUCAUGUGGCGUCAUCAAUUAGCAAGGGAAGGUCUCGAUGGUGAUAAAGCUGUCAAAGUAAACACUUUGAAAGGCUGGCUGCAGCCGGAGGAUCCUGUCCUUGCCAAUGCCACUGAAGCAACGGCUUCUUCGGCCCAGGAACGAGAGGAAGCCACCUGCUUGUGGGUAAAACCAUACCUGACGCAAUUCUUGAAGGGGGAACAUCAAGUCUUUUCCAUCAUCGGCAAACCUGGUUCUGGCAAGACAGUCCUGUCGACUGUCGUCAAUGACCACCUGCAGCAUCCUGUCGGAGGAACAAGAUACACAUCCAUACUAGCACCUAUCAACGGUCGAAUUCCGGCAAACACAACGCCGUCCGCUGUCGCGAAGAUGAUCUUGUCCCAGAUGUUCAGCAAUCGCAUUGGUAACUUGCAGCUGUACCAGAUCUUAGCCAGCACCUAUGAUCAGAGCCAGCGAUGUGUUGAUGAAACCUCUUAUGAUGAUCUCUUGUGGAACGCUUUGGCGAAUGCCCUCAGUACCAGUGUUGCGGGUGCCAAAGAGCUGGUUCUGGUCGUCGAUGGCGUGGAAGAGGCAAGUUGUGGAGAGAAAGCUUUACUGCGCCGACUCCAUGAGGCUACAGCCAAAGCCUCUACCGUGAAGCUGGUGGUACUCGCGUCACAGAAGAUGGACUCUAUUGCCUCUCAGACAAUUGUCCGAAUUACGUCGGAACUCACCUUCGACGAUGUUGCAGCCGUGACUCGUAAGAUUCUCCAUCAGAGCCACGCGUUCAAUGCCAUGUCCGCCGAGGAUCAGGAAGUCAUGGUCGCCCGCAUCACGGAGGCCUCCGAAAGCUCUUUCUUGUGGGCAAAACUGACUGCCAAACGUUUGCGUGAUGAACACCCACCAAACGAGGCUGCGCUUUCCAAAUCCAUAGAUAGCAUUGUUCGGAUGGGCAACACAAUCAACGAUCUUGUUGCACACACCCUGCAUUCUAAGCUUGAGGAGGCUACGAAGAAGGUCUUAAUCUGGCUGGCCACUGCAGAUCGCCCUCUUACCCAGCAGGAAUUGGCUGCUCUUCUCUCCAUUCAGACCGAGAAAGCAGCUGUCGCAGGAAAUUGCGAUAUCGAUUUGUAUCAUCUGCUCAAGCCGGUUGCCUCGCUUGUCUUCUUCCAUCAUCACCUGAUCUAUCUGAGGCAUGGGCAGGUGCGCACUGCGAUUCUGGAUACUUUCUCCAAAGGCAAGUUCCUGCCGGCAAUCAAAAACAGGGAUGCAGACUUUGCGCAAAGACUCCUGCUUUACACGAAGCAGUGUGUGUCAGAAAGCCACGACCUAUCUCUCACCCCACUGGAUGAGCGGCUGACGGAACACCUGCUGGAGAAACAUCCUCUGCUGGACUUCGCGACUCGCUACUGGGCGGCUUAUGCCAAAACUGCGUUCGCAAGUACUAGCGAUCAAGAGAUCACGACUGCUGGAAAGAACUUGCGAUCUGUCUGGCCAACGAGUCCCACCUUACCGCUUUUGGAGAUGACUGUGUGGGCGAGCAAGGCAACUCCAUCGCUUCGGUCAAUACACGGAAUUCAGACUCGACUUUAUCGUCAAAUCUUGAACAACGACCAUCCGGCCACUUUGCAAGCCAUUUUGUCUCAGGCCAUGUUCUACCGAAAGAUCCAGACCGCAUUGCCUGUUGAGAGCAGCCAGAUCUUCUACAAUGCGGCAAAGCUCAGUCAGACGAUGUUGUCUAUUCGGCACCUCAUCACUAUGGAGAUGACGCAGUUCUUCUUAGAAUGCACAAGAGAUCAAAUGACGGAGUCGAAGACGGAAGUUAUGAUCCAAAGGGUUGAGAUGCUCCAGCUGCUGAUAGAAUGCUACAAGGCACAUUAUGGUGCAACGAACAUAAAGGUCACCUCCACGUUGACUCAAUUGUCCGAACACUAUACUCUUAUGAAGGAAGAAAGCAAAGCACAAGAAAUCACUGCUUUGCUGCAGGGAUCUACAACCGAAAGUAGCAACAAGCGGAGCGGAUCUCAGCAGACGGACGAUUCGUUGUUGAUUCAACUACACGGCCGCAAAGAUACGACAACAAGUACAGGGAACCGUUUCAUAUUGGAUGGAGAAGAAGUUGACGAGCUGAUUACCUGGUCUCUUGACUUGGAGACUUUCAUGGCCAAUGCCGAAGAACAUAUGUCGGCGGGUCGGGUAGAAGAAGCCGAGCGCACAUACGUGGAGCUUUGGCAGAAGGCUAGUCAGAAAUAUCGACUGAGCCACUCGACUGAACAUAAGGUCAUGAUGUUGCGGGCCGUCAUCAUGUAUGCCCAAUUCCUCAAAGGUCAAAAACGAGACAAUGAAGUGGCUUCGAUUCUUGCCAGCUUUUGGGGAGAGCAUGAGCAAACCAUUUCCAGUGCAGAGGAGUUGGUGUCCAACUUCAUGCAGCUUGGACAAAUGAUGAAAUCCGUGGGUUUGUCCGUGAUGGCACUUGAGGUCUUCAAACACUGCGCACAGAGCACCAAUAGCCAGAGUAUCCACAAAGAGCUGGAAAAGACCAUCCAGUCCACGUCCCAGGAACUUAUGCAAAUGGCCGCCAGCUCGUCGUCUGAAUCAUCAACAUCUAUCAUGACGGAGUCGAGCCUCAAUGAAAUGGUAUUUAACUCGUCCAUUGUCGAUCAGGUGUCCACCACGGCAACCACCACGCUGGUCGAAAUGUACUUGUCCCAGCACCGGUGGCGCGAUGCAACCAGCAUGCUCAAACGUGUAUUGCGAAGCCUUUGGCCUGAGUUAUUUGCGCCUUCACUUGAAGACGUGACCAGACCGUCAGCGCAUGUUGAGUACUGCUUUAAGCUUGCUGAGCGCCUGGCUAGCUGUUACCGCUCCCGCCGUCGCCCAAUUAAGGAGGAGGAUAUUAGAACUCGGAUUUAUCGAGCAGCUCGACGUGAUCGAGCUGCGAGUGAAGAUCGAGUCUUGACGGAAGUCACAUCGAGCCUGCUUCGUCUGUACGAGCGGACCUCCCAGAACAACAAGAUCAUCAGCAUUCAUCAAGACAUGCUGCAUGACUAUACUCAGAGAUUCGGCAGAGAGCAUCCAACUGUGAUUCAGAAACUCUGGACGUUGGCCGAGAUGACACGACCGCUUCCCAUUGCAGUCGAUUAUUAUGCUCAGAUCGUCCAAUGCUUAAACAAGGGAUCGGAAACGUGCCACCCUGAUGCGUUCGAGCCACUCCUCAUCGUGGCGACAGAAUAUUUGAAGCAAGGUCGAUAUGCGGACGCGUUGAAGCCGUGCCGGGUACUGUUUAACAGCCUGCAGAGCCCAAAGACUAGCCCAAAGUUACGGGAUCCAGGGUUCGUCCAAACUAUUUAUGAGCGCUAUGUGCACUGUCUGCGUGAGGCUCAUAGCGAAACCUCAACAAUCCACGAUGUGACUGUGCAAUAUCGCAAAGCGUGCACCAGCAUCUUCGGCGUCAGCUCUUCGAUCACCAUUCAGGCGACCAAGACGCUGGCCAAUCUCUGCCAAGAAUCCAAGCAGUAUGAAGGCGAAGCAAUCCAGCUCUACGAAGAACUUCUGCAGAUUAAAUCCAGCGAUGUUGAGAUCGACCGCCACGGCAUCCGCGAGAAUUUGGAUGCUAUCUACGAGCAGCAGAAUGCCUCAUUGACCGCGUCAAAAGUGGAAACCAUGACUGCCAAAGAGCUUCAGAAGGUAGUUUCUAUUCGCUCUCAACGCCUGACGUCCAUCCGCUCCAGCUACGGGUGGGCUCACGAGGAGGCCCUUUCUCAGAUGGAAGAGAUCGUCUCUUUGCGAACCAAACAGGGGGACUCACAGACUGUUCUCUCCAUGUUACAGGAAGCUACGACUCAGGUGUUGUCGACCGAGAGGUCCUCCGUCAAGCUGGCGGCAGCAGCCAAAAGCAUUGCAUCUAGCUACAUCGCGGCCGGUCAGGUACAGCGAGCCAAGGAGCUCUCACACGAUUUGUACCGCCAGAUCAUCACCAGGGACACUAGCAAUGCCAGCUCUUUUGGUUUUAAUGAGACUUUGCGUCAGCGACUUGGCCUUGUUUUCCUGGCCCAGCUCGAUUACAGCCUUCAAGAAUUCGAGGAUUCUUCGGUAACGAUGAACGAGAUAUAUGCCGCCCUCACUGCAGAGUACAUGUAUUUUGAGCAGUUCCGGAAUGUCAUCGGAGCAGAGACCUGUAACCUCCAGAAGACUGCGACCACGGUGGCUCACCUGCACGCGUUCUUGCUCGGUCGCGGCCGCCAGUCCGCCGCCAGUCAAGUUGUGGACCAGUAUACUAGCUUCUUCUUGAAGACCCAGGGCUCCAGCCUGAAGAUUGACCUUCACCAGGCGAAGGUUUUUAUCGAAACAGUUCUUGACUAUUUCAGCACCCACACUUCGCGCGACUUCAUUCGUUCAGUGGCCAUCGCCGCUUACAACCGGGCAGCCCUCCUGCUCGACUCUGGGGAAUACCAGUCCGCCUGUCAUCUCGCAUUCGUGUCGAUGAAGUUUAUCGAAGCCCACCACGGCCUUUCGGCGCAGGCAACCCUUAAAUUGGUCUUCAAACUGGGUCUUCUUAUCGCGGGCCGGGACCUGGACUCGGGCCUAACGACUUCAGUCAAGAAGUACAUGGUUAGUGUGUCGGCGACUAUAUUGCGUGAUACACUGGCGUACUUCAAGUCACACAAUGUCGAGCUCGCACAGCUGGAUCUGGCUCACGUAAAUAGCCUGAUCAAGGUCCUCGAUGAACAGCAUGACUACCACACCUUGGCCUGGGUCCUCGGUUCCCUGUGGGAAAGUCGGGACACUCAUGCCCUUUCCCAACCCCAACACGCGUAUACCCUUGCUCUUGGUCGCAUGCUGGUCAUCACACGCUACCUCACCGGUGACUACACUGCAUCCGUCCGGCUCGCAGAGGAUAUCGUGUACAAUUGCGCACGCGUCCAUGGACCUCGCCACCCGAGUACCGUUGAGAUGACAGUGCUGCUAUCGCAAAUGUACACUAGCGUCGCCCAAGGCUACCAGAACCAGAAGAGUCGCCGCGAGCUGGCCUAUCGUUACUAUCGAAAAGCAGCCGCUCUGCAUGAGAACGCCCUGCGCGUAUUCAUCGAUCCGUCCUCGGCUGCUCCGACCGAGAUGGACGUCGAGGUUAUCUCCGGCAUGUCCUCGUCCUCGUCUUCUUCCAGCCCAGGUGAAAACGGGGAAGAAGGAAAACAUGUUCGGCAGCACUUGCACAUGCUCAAACUUGCUGUCGAGCGUCUCGGAGAUUGGCCCAAGGAGUAUUCUGAAUACGAGCGACUUAGCAAUGACCUGUUCCGCACAUUCGCGAAUGAUCUCGAAGGAGUGGACGGUGUCGAUAAGUGGAACUUGCAGUCAUUUGGGGCUGGCAAGGCUGAAGCCAGUGACGACCUUCUCUCAUUUUCCCACGAGCGCCUGGCAAUUGCUGUUUGA